CACCGACGAGAUGCAGGCGAAGAAGAGAUUUGGACCGUUUGGAGGCAACUAAACCGAACUAAAAGAAGCUAAAAUUGGUGUUUUCAGUUAGUCUUCAGCAUUGUUAUCUGCACAGUCUGAUACUCUGAUAAGAGUAUCUCUCUAUCCCGAGAGAGUUCACGUGUUUAUUGAACCACAAUAAGUCUGUAUGGAGAAUAAAGCGUCUGUUGUUAACGCGGUUCCGCCUUACGGACAUGUCAUUGCCAGCGAGAAAUGGAGAAACUCUUCUCUUAUUCAGAGCUUAAAAGGUGGUGGGGUGAAGAUCCUCUUUGAGAAGGAGCUCGGUGUGGCGGAUUUCCACCUGCCCAACAACAGCUGCAUCCUGUACGUGUCCGAGUGCGACGUCGUCGCAGGAAACGGCUUCAAGAGGAGACUGGUCCGCUACAGAAACACCAGCAGCAGUUUCCAGGAGCUGGUCUUGGUGGAGAAGACCCGGCUCAGCGAGCAGUACUUCUCGGCCGUGCAGAGGUUCGUGGUGCUGGACCUGGGCCUGACUCUGCUGCCGGUCGGCGGGCAGACCGAGGCCUCGCAGCUCAUCGCCCAAAUUGUCCACGGGGAGGACAGAGAGAACCCCUUCAGGAGGAGGAGUUCGUCUCGGCUGUGGGACCCGCCGGUCCUGGCUGCGGUCCAGCGGGUCCCCGGGGUCGGCAGGGUCAAAGCUCUGGCCCUGCUGCAGCAGUUCCCCAGCAUCCAGCAGCUCUGCAACGCGGCCCCCGCAGACCUGGAGCCCAUCGUGGGUCAGGCUGCCGCUCAGCAAAUCCACAGCUUCUUCCACCAGCCCACCGCUGGAAACUGAGGGCCGGACCGGAAGGUCUGGAUUUAAGGCCGAUACGUUUACUCACAACUUUUUAUUUUAUUUGUUAACGGUUGGGUAAAAGACUCUAACUCAGGGCUGGGGUAUACAUUGAUAUUAUAUCCAUAUCGUGAUAUUAGACCAGUUAUUGUCAUACAUUUUGGAUAUUGUGAUGACAUCAGUGUCUUUUCCUGGUUUUAAAGGCUGCGUUACAGUAAAGUGAUGUCAUUUUCUGGACUUACCAAAUUGUUGUAGCUGUUCUGUUAUUUUCCUUUACUCGUUUAUAUCCACAUUACUGACGAUUAUUUAUCUAAAAUCUAAGUGUGAAGAUAUUUUGUGAAAGCGCCGGUUGUCCAGUUGGAUUUAAUGCCGAUACGUUCUCUCACUUGGACAACUUUCUAUUUUAUUAGUUAACAAUUGGGUAAAAGACUCUAACUUAGGGCUGGGCAAUAUUGAGAUUAUAUAGAUAUCGUCUUCGGUUUUGGAUAUUGUGAUAUCAUAAUAAGACAUAAGUGUCUUUUCCUGGUUUUAAAGGCUACAUUACAGUAAAGUGAUGUCAUUUUCUGGACUUACCAAAUUGUUGUAGCUGUUCUGUUAUUUUCCUUUACUCGUUUAUAUCCACAUUACUGACGAUUAUUUAUCUAAAAUCUAAGUGUGAAGAUAUUUUGUGAAAGCGCCGGUUGUCAACCCUAGCAGAUGGCCGCAAUAUUGAUAUCGAGGUAUUUGGUCAAGAAUAUUGUGACAUCUGAUUUUUCUCUAUAUCGCCCAGCCCGACUCUAACGACAACGUUUCUGCAAUUGUGCAAACUUUAACCCUUGUGUUGUCUUUCCGUCAACCAUGAAAACAUUUUAUCGCAUUUUUUGACAUUUUUUGUCACUUUUUCAAUGUAGCGGGUCCAUUUUUUUAAUGUUUUUUCCAAAGUUGUUUGAUAUUUCUAAUGAUGACUAUGAUGGUGAUUUUCAGCUUAUUUUGAAGGCCCAUUUUAUGUGAUGAAAAAACUGAAAACGGGUCAAAUUUGACCCGAGGACAACAUGGGGGUUAAGAAACAAACUUGUUGACUGCGUAGGCAGCCACGUGUUUAAAGCCAUAGUGCGUAGUUUCUGUCACCCCCCACGAGAAUUUCAAAGCAAUGACAACGAGACUGUCGUGUGGCGCGUGUCCACACGAUACAAGCCUUCCGUGAUCGCCCCAACCCCUUCUCCACGUUGCUAGUAGCCUCCAUUUGCUAGUAGCCAAGGAGGACACACAGGAUUUAAAAAAACAUGGAUUCUUCAGAAGAGAUCAGUAACUUCACUUGAGUUUCUGCUCAGGAAAGUCACCGGACAACGCGAUCUUCUGAGCAUAGUCGCACUGAGAGAUCCAGAGAGAGUUGUGUGGAGCUGAGAGUCUUCAUUAGCGUUGCAGCAACUCAUUUGGCAACGGCUCGAAUGUACCAAAAGUUAAGCUCUAAAGCUUUUAAGGCAUUUUAGCUUUUAGUGAAGGAUCAUCAGACCAACAUUGACGUCCAUAAAGCCACGCUGAGAACGUAAAUAUAGAACUUGGAGAUUUGGUAACUGACUUUACUUCCCUGAGAAUAAUUUGUAUUUUUUUCUUUUCUUUUUUUAUUCAACACUUUUGGAUCCACAUUAACUCUCAUUUAUAACCUCGGUUUUCUUGUUGUACCGUUUGAGAUUUUCCUUUUUAAUUGUGUUUGUUUUGUUUUAUCUUCCCUGUCCUUUUGUUAUUAGUUUGGACUAAAUGUAUAGAUGUAAGUAACAUUUUGUGAAUGAAAAAAUGUAGUAAUAUUAAACCUUCAUUUGUCUUUUUACGGAUUAGGAGGUCUGUGUAAAGACAUACACGGUGAAACAUUCAAAAACAAUAAAAAAAAAAAACUUUUCAAAAGUACUUUCAAAGUAAGCAGUCAUGUUUCAGAUGUCUCUGAUUUGUCAGCUGUUUUGCCAAAGAGAUGGAUCUACCAUAAACUUGGGUUUAUUACACGUUUGCUCAAUUAAAUAAGUGUAUGUUUGAGGUGCAAAGGGUGACAAUUAUACAAUAUUUUACCAA